GGGCCGCCCCGCCCCGCCGCACGUGACGCGGCGCGGUGCCUGCGAGCGCCGGGGCCCCCGCUCCGCUGCGCUCCGGUACCGGCUCCGCUCCGGUACCGGCCCCAGCCCCGGCCCCGGUCCCGGCCCCGCCGCCCCUCCGUCGGCUUCAGGGUUAACGCGGCUCAAGGGGGCUGUGGGGGAGCUCCCCUCGCCCCCAGGAAGCGCCAUGGGCCCCCCAGGACCCCCCCGCACCGCAUAGACCCCUCUGCACCCAGCACCGCCGCCCCCUCGGCCUCCCCACCCCGAGGGCAGCAGGAUGGCCCAGCAGCGCCACGCCGUCCCCCCGUCGCUCAAGACGGAAGAGGAUUACAUCCCCUACCCCAGCGUGCAUGAGGUGCUGGGCCGGGAGGGGCCGUUCCCCCUCAUCCUCCUGCCGCAGUUUGGGGGGUACUGGAUCGAGGGCACCAACCAUCAGCUGAGCGCGGCACCCGAGUCCCCCCCGACCCCGGCACCCAGCACCCGGGCGAAGCUGGAGGGGAACCACACGGCCAAGAUCUACCGCAAGCACUUCCUGGGCAAGGAGCACUUCAACUACUACUCCCUGGACCCAGCACUGGGCCACCUCGUCUUCUCCCUCAAGUACGAUGAGCAGGAGCACCUCCACCUGCUGCUGCGCACCCGUACCCGCACCCUGCACGACGUGGUGCCCAUCUCCUGCCUGGCCGAGUUCCCCAACGUGGUGCAGAUGGCCAAGCUGGUGUGCGAGGACGUCAACGUGGAUCGCUUCUACCCCGUGCUCUACCCCAAGGCUUCCCGCCUCAUCCUCGCCUUCGACGAGCACGUGCUCAGCAACCACUUCAAGUUUGGGGUCAUUUACCAGAAGCUGGGGCAGACAUCCGAGGAGGAGCUCUUUGGCACCACGGAGGAGAGCCCGGCCUUCACCGAGUUCCUGGACGUGCUGGGGCAGCGGGUGCAGCUCCGCGACUUCAAGGGGUUCCGGGGGGGGCUGGAUGUGACCCAUGGGCAGACGGGCAGCGAGUCCAUCUACUGCCACUUCCGAGACAAGGAGAUCAUGUUCCACGUCUCCACCAAGCUGCCCUACACCGAGGGGGAUGCGCAGCAGCUGCAGCGCAAGCGCCACAUCGGCAACGACAUCGUGGCCGUGGUGUUCCAGGACGAGAACACCCCCUUCGUGCCGGACAUGAUCGCCUCCAACUUCCUGCACGCCUUCGUGGUGGUGCAGCUGGAGCAGGGCAGCGACCAGGGACCCCUCUACAAGGUCUCCGUCACUGCCCGUGAUGAUGUCCCCUUCUUCGGGCCGCCGCUGCCUGACCCCGCUGUGUUCAGGAAGGGCCCCGAGUUCCAGGAGUUCCUGCUCACGAAGCUCAUCAAUGCCGAGUACGCCUGCUAUAAGGCGGAGAAGUUCGCCAAGCUGGAGGAGCGGACGCGGGCGGCGCUGCUGGAGACGCUGCACGAGGAGCUGCAGGCGCGCAGCCAGGCCAUGCUGGGGCUGGGCCCCGAGGACGAGCGUCCGGACAACGGCUCCGCCGCGCCGGGCUUCUUCGAGUCCUUCAAGUCGCUGCUGGUGCCCGGGAGCCGGCGCGGACGCCGCGGCAGCGCCAUCGGGCUGGGCUCGGUGGAAGAGGCGCUGCUGGUGCCCGGGAAGAGCCCCUCGCGGCGGCGGCCCGGCCCGCUCGGCUCCCGCCGCUCCAGCGCCAUCGGCAUCGAGAGCAUCCAGGAGGCGCCGGCCGGCAGGGACGGCCCCGCCGCCACCCCCGAGGGAGCCGGCUCCGCGCACAGCUCCCCCGAGAGCCAGCGGCACCAGGACAGGGAGAAGCCGGAGCCGCCGGAGUUCUCCCGCUCCUCCUCCAGCGGCAGCAGCUUCGGCAGCGCCCCCGAGGAGCCGAGCGAGCCGGGACGGGAGAGCCGCUCCCCCUCGGGAACCCACCGCGACGCCUUCACCGACACCCCGUGGCCGGAUGACCCCCCCGGCACCCCCACAGGCCGACGUCCCCCUGAGUCCCCCUGCCCCGAGAUCAAAAUCCAACUGGAGCGGCCCCCCCCUCAUCCGGUGAGGCUGUGACUCCCCCCCCUCAUUCACCCAGUGCACCCCAUUAUGGGGACACCUAUAUUGGGGUGCACCCACUGAUGUUCGUUUGCACAGGGCUCAUAGUUAACCCUCCCCAUCGCCAGGGGGGGGGGUGUGAACCCCCCUCAUGUACCAGGAGCUGAAGCCAUCGUCCCCAAUGUAGGAUAUGGGGGGACCCCCCCAAAAAAUGGGGGUGUCCCCACCCUCCAGACAAUCUCCAUCACCCCAAAUCCCCCUGGGGGGGGGUGAUGGACUAUGAAGUCCCCCCCGCUGUCACCCCAAAAUGAAGAGCGGGUCCGACCCGAGCAUCACCCCCUCCCUAAGGAAAACGGGGGCUCAGAUCCAGGGUAAACCCAAAGUGGGGAAUCCCCCUGUGCCCGCAUCCCCCCCUUUAUUUUAAGGGAAAAAGGCUCCGGAAUGGGUCGGAUGCUGGAAUUGGGGGGGGGGGGGGUAGGGGGGGAUUUUUUCAAGCCCCCCCCCCCAAAUCGUGUUUGUGUUUCCUGUGAGUCCUGUAUAAAAUAAAGGUUUAUUUAUCGCUA